CAGUAUCCCGAACAGUGUAUCCGGCGCUCGGGCUGGUUCGCCGGUUGCCUCCGCCGCCGGGCAAGACCAGCGUCUGCAGCUGCCGGACCAGCUCCGGCACGCGGUUCCAGUGGCCCUCCGCGCGGCAGCGCUCCAGCUCUCCCUCCACCUUCAGAUAUUGUUGACCAUGAAAUCGCUGCAGCUACUCAGAACCCUGUUGUUCCUGUGCAGCCUGCUCUGGGCCUUCUCUGUCCCAGGCAUCAGUGCUGAGGAACCUGGGGCCAGCUUCUCAAAUGCUGGCAACGUGGGCUUGGAUAAGAAUACAGUGCACAACCAAGAGCAUAUCAUGGAACAUCUGGAAGGUGUCAUCAACAAGCCAGAGGCAGAGAUGUCCCCACAAGAACUGCAACUCCAUUAUUUCAAAAUGCACGAUUAUGAUGGCAAUAAUUUGCUUGAUGGCUUAGAACUCUCCACAGCCAUCACUCAUGUCCACAAGGAGGAAGGGAGUGAACAUGCUCCACCAAUGAACGAAGAUGAACUGAUUAGCUUAAUAGAUGGUGUUUUGAGAGACGAUGACAAGAACAAUGAUGGAUACAUUGACUAUGCUGAAUUUGCCAAAUCACUGCAGUAGAUGGUAUUUGGCUAUCUCUUAGUUAUAUGCAAAUGUGACCCAUUAUAAUGUGAUUGAACACUCUGUAAUGCAAAAUAACUCAUUUCCAACUAUUGCUGCAGUCUUUUGGUAAAAACCUGUAGCAACUUGUUACACUGAAGUGAGAAAGAAAAAUCAAGAGAAAUAAAAGGGAAGAGAAAUGGGACAUAUCAUAGUCCCUAAGUACUGCUAAAUGUCUUAUUGGAUAGGGGC